UUCCUCUGAAACGUUCCACCUCCAGUUGGAUUGAUUGCUGCCAGCAGGCGUAACAAGAUCAACCGACGGCCUCCUAGGUCAUUAGAAUAACUCCCUGGUACCUUGUGAUUUCUAUCAUCUUUGUUAGAAGCUUGAUCAAAGCCCGCAAAGCUCCUUCCGAGAACAAAGGCGCCCAAACUUCGGCAUAGGUCGCUCAGAGGAGGAUCCUGUUCUUGGUCUAGAGUGGCACGACAAACCUUCAUUUGCUGGCGCGGCUCUCUCAAACACUAUGCAGCCUCUUUAACCCAUCUCUAGCUUGCCUUCUAAGCUCAAGGCAGCCUUGGUAUUCCACCAACCGUUUGGAUCAUUCAGAAUGGCUCAGAUACCGCCACCAGGCCAGGAAAGACUUCAUUCCUCGGAUGGCGCGCGGUUUCCCAAUCCUGUUCUGCGGGUCCAAGAGCCUGCCUUUCUGUCAGGUGACACUUCCAUGAGAGGGACCCCGGAUGUUUCUGCAGAUAUCGACACCCGCUUGAAAAUCGAAAGCCCAACGGAAGACGAGUAUGAAGAUAGCUUGUUAUCUGAUACCUCUUCCGAAAUCCACGAACCUGUCCUGCCAUCCAAACGCGGUCUGCCGAUCUCCAAGCUUCCCACCGGUCUAUGUUACGAUGAACGCAUGCGAUAUCACGCCGAAGUGGCAGCAACGAGCGGCGCAAGUGUGCAUCCUGAAGAUCCCAGACGGAUUUAUUACAUCUACAAAGAGCUCUGCCAAGCCGGAUUGGUGGAUGACAAGAAGCACCCGCCGGUGGUGGAGAUGCCCCUAUAUCGAAUCGAUGCCCGUGAAGCCACGGAGGAUGAGUGUCUAUUGGUCCAUAAGAAAGAGCAAUAUGAGCUCGUCAGGAGCACCGCUACAAUGAGCGACGAAGACCUGAUAGAUCUUGCGGAGCAUCGCGACAUGGAUUCCAUCUACUUCAACCGGCUGUCAUUCUUCUCAGGCAAACUAUCCGCGGGGGCAGCGAUCGAGACAUGUCGGGCGGUAAUGUCGCGAAAGGUAAAGAAUGCGAUCGCCGUCAUCCGGCCUCCGGGUCACCAUGCCGAGAUUGGGCAGCCUAUGGGAUUUUGUCUCUUCAACAAUGUCUCCAUCGCCUCUAGAGUCUGCCAGAAAGAUUUUGGGAACGAAUGCCGGAAAAUUCUGAUUGUGGAUUGGGACGUCCAUCAUGGCAAUGGCUGCCAACAAGCCUUCUACAAUGACCCCAAUGUUCUCUACAUAUCUUUGCAUGUCCAUAUGAACGGAACAUUCUAUCCUUCAGGGAACGAAGGCGACAUGGAUCACUGUGGCAUUGACGCUGGCAAGGGAAAAAACGUCAACAUCCCCUGGCCGACGAAAGGCAUGGGUGACGGUGAUUACAUGUACGCGUUCCAAAACGUCGUCAUGCCCAUCGCCACUGAAUUUGACCCGGACUUUGUUAUCAUUGCUGCGGGCUUCGACGCCGCAGCCGGUGAUGAAUUGGGUGGUUGUUCCGUCUCACCGCCCUGCUAUGCACACAUGACGCACAUGCUGAUGUCACUUGCUGGAGGGAGGAUUGCCGUGUGUUUGGAAGGUGGUUACAACUUCAGUGCUAUCUCGAAGUCCGCACUCGCAGUCACACGUACUUUGAUGGGUGAGCCACCUGAUCGCCUGCAAGCGACGGCAGCCACACAGAGUGCAGUGGAUACCGUGGCCAAAGUUCGAAAUAUCCAAUCGAAGUACUGGAGAAGCAUCUAUCCCAAGAGCCCGAUCGGCGGCAUGCUUGGUGGAGAGAGAUUGCAUGACAUCAUCCGCCAGUAUCAGGCCAAGCACCUCUAUGACCAAUACAAGUUCACCCAACUCUAUAUCUACCGCGACACAGUAUCAAAAUCAUUUGACCAGCAGGUCCUCGCCACAGCCAAUUACGAGAACAAGGAAGCUUUGAUGAUCAUAUUCCAUGACUCACCUGAUCUUCUCAGCCCCAACAAUGGCCUCUCCUCCACGCAACAGAAACCCCAUGACACAUGGCUCGUUGACGGCACACAGUCGUACGUCGAGUGGGCGGUUUCCCACGGCAUGGGUGUCAUCGAUGUCAAUAUUCCCGAGUUUGUCACGGUUUCUCCCGUUGACGAUACCGAACACCCAUACGGAUUGUCUACAGAUGUCGAGUACGCUUCCACAGCGACCGAUCUUGCGAGAAAGGAAGGCCAGAAACUUGCCUCGUACCUCUGGGAAAACUACAUUGAACCUUACGACUUCCCUUGGGGAAUUGUACUCAUAGGCGCGGGCCACGCGUGCCAUGCGAUCGCGAAACUGGUGUCGGAGAACGAAAACGUCUAUCCAAACCUCGUGGGGAUCGUGUGUUUCAUAUCCACCCAGCCGAUCCGCCCCAUAAGCAAUCCCGGGGGCCAUCACUGGGUCAGUCAGUGGUACCACGAAAACUCGCUGGUGUUUGUCAGCGCCAAGCACAGCCUGUGGAAGAAGGAAAAGGAAGGUGGGAAAGUGAGCAAGCGAUACGGCCGGCUUGUGAAGAGUGAGGGGGACGUUCUGAACCAGAUCAUGAUCCAGAACAGGGAACAGGUCUUCCAGUGGAUGUCGGACAAGAUCAUCCGGCGCAGAGACGAGAAUGCGAUGGCAGUGGUGGGCGAGGAUGGAGAUGUAGAACAAAGGGGCCGGGAGAGUGAUGCCGACACCGUCGAAGACCCCGCUGCGAUGGAAGCCGCGCCGGCCGGCGAACCUGGAACCCAGGGCCCAAGCGCCGCUGGUGGAUUUUCCAAAGUCGAGGAGGACCUGGAUACGAUUUCAGACACGAUAACAGUGGCACCGGCACCUCCACGACCAGCGGCAAAACACCCACGCUCAGCGUCCGCUGGUGCCGGCGGCGAUGUGUAUAUGAAGAUGGAGCCGUGAAUGUUUGGCGAGUCAGGAGCCCAUUCUGGGUGUCCGUCCUUCAUCCAGGGAGGCGAUGGGGGAGCUGUGUACCCCAGGUUACCUAUGUGGGCGCGGAUCAGUGUAUGUGUGACUGGGGGGUUACAAUAGUUGGGAAGGACUUGACGAGACAGACUCCCCCGGUCAAGAGAUCAGGGGGGAGGACGUGAGUAUGGAGGAUGUCAAUGUACGUGGUCUCGCCCUGGUCCUACAUAAACGACGUGCACGACACAAAUGCGAUUCUUCGUUGCUGUAUUUUCCAUGUCAUAUUUUCGCGCGCUCUGCUUCGGCUAGAUACCAUAGCUGGUAUAUUCAUCUGUUU